AUGUCGAAGGAGAGGUUGAUCAGUGCAAUGACGAUCAAAGGUGACGAAGAACAGGACGCGAAGGAGCAGGAGGAUUCCGACGAGAGGAACGGCUCUUGCGGCGUCCGCUAUAAGCUCCGAAAGGCUGGUACGCUGCAUGUCAAGCGGACGUUCGAAGAGCUGUCAAAGGUACUCAACGAUGCCAUCUACGGGACGGGCGAGAACCGCGAGUUUGUCGAAGUCUUCUUGGUCAAGACGGACUCUAUGCGCUUCACAAUGUGA